AUGUCAGAAUUGAAUAAUGUGCUGAAGUUUAAAAAAUUGACUGAGCACGCUUUCACACCCUCAAAAGGUUCGAAACUUGCUGCUGGGUUUGAUUUAUACAGUGCUUACGACCUGACAAUUCCGGCUAAUGGGAAAUCCCUCGUAAAGACAGACAUUCAGAUAGAACUUCCCGAAGGAUGUUAUGGUAGGAUUGCGCCAAGAUCUGGUCUGUCGUGGAAGCACCAUCUUGAUGUGGGAGCUGGUGUAAUAGAUAGAGAUUAUAGAGGCGAUAUUGGCGUAAUCUUGUUUAAUCAUGCCAAGAGUGAUUAUAAAGUGAAGAAGGGGGAUCGUAUUGCCCAACUGAUCUGUGAAAAAAUUAUAUAUCCCGACAUAGAGCAAGUUGAAGAACUGACGAAGACAGAGCGUGGUGAAGGAGGCUAUGGAUCUACAGGCAAACAGUAACGGAUUAUAUUUUCAUA